AUGAAGAUUUUAUUUAUUUUACUUUUUCUGUGCGGUCAGUUUUUUGGAGGUUUAUCUGGAAUGCAAGUUUGUUCUUUUCAGAAUUAUCCAUAGUCUUUGGCCGUUGUCCCGAUCAUUCCUUUAUUGGAUGUAUGCUAAGGCUCAAGGCUCAGAGAGUUCCAAUUGAGAAAAACAUUUUGAGUUUGGUUUUCGGAAUUGGAACAGAAGCACGCUUGUUGCACACUUGCAAGUGAGCACUGUCUUUUUAUUAUACCCCUGUGAAAAAACUAUUUUUAUAGAGUUUACUCAUCUACUCUGCCUUGUUUUCAAGAGAAAAUCAGAGAGUGUGGCGAUGAGAAGCAGAAAAGAGUGCUCAAUGAAGUUUCGAAAACUAUCAUGUAUCUGUGCUCCCCAUUCAGCAUGAAACGACAAAGGUGAGUUAUUUCAUUGGUUCGUUGUGAGAAAGACCAAAAACUGUCACAUUCCACAAGAAAAAGCAAAAAUCAGAGCUUAACAAAGAAAACCGUGAAUGAAACCAAAACAAUGCAGUUCUUCUCGCGAACUGAUCUAAUCCUCACUCUUUGAACUGACCAGACCAGUGUCAAUUGUAACCACACUAUUUGUUUCAAUCUAUUUUGGUUGUCCAAGCAUUUACGUGACCCCCGAAUUACUAUCCUUCGGCAACGUUUGCAUAAGGUCUUUCUUGCCCUGAAAACCUGUUUUUCUCGGAUUAGACAAGCCAAGCCGUCGGCCAAUCAGGCUGAUUUCUGCGAAAAGCAAAAACAAGGGGAAUCAGAAGAGCAUGGGGGAAAGAGAUGCGAACGCAAGCACUUGAGAGGUGUCAACUCAAAUAAGCACAGUAUUCGAACUGUUUGUUUAAUAAUGUGAAAAUGUCUUCCGCUAUUUUCAAUGGAUGUCUGGGUGAAGGUAAAGAACGAGAGCGUUCCGGAUACCAAAUAAAGCGCAGCUCUCCCUCUCUUUCUCCAAGAUCAAGUUCAAUCUCAGAUCUGUCAUAGAGCAUCAAAAAUGCAUCUCCGCAGUUCUUUCGCUUCCGGCAAGUACUGGAUGUCAGUUGGAGGAUCACGAGUAUGGAAAACAAGUUCUGGCUUGCAAGUGAGACACUUACCGCCGUAAUCUUGAAAGUUAUAAAAAAUGUUUCAGGAAAGAAUGCAAUGCGCGUGGAUCCGAUUUUAUUUGCAUGAUGCGAACGUGGAUUGCUGAACAGAACACCUGCACUUUGAAGGAUAUCGACCGUACUUGUAAUUCCAAGAAUAGCUAUAAACGUGCUUUUGCAGAGAAAUGUGGGGCUGAAGCUGCUGCACUAUUCCAAGAACUUCAGACAACUAUUUUUGAGCCCACGUAUCCAGUUGUUUGCAACUAUCAAAACGGUAAAAAGCUCUUCAGGCGUUGAAAACGAACCAAAGUUGUUCAGAUACCAUGAUUCCGGAUCAAGGCAAAACUUCGCAUUUGAAAGAAAAGAAAAUCAAAACCCAAUACCGAAAACCUGUAAGUUUUACUUUCUCCGAGACAAUCACAUAUAUUUCCCAACUUUUGCAGAUUCAAAAGUCAAAGACUGAGAUUCAGGAGCACGCAUUCGUGCUCACUUCGCCAUCGACUCUAUCCACUGCCGAUAACAUUUACAUUGCUCCGCCCGACCAAGUUCAACCCAGUGUUUACAUGCGUCCGCAGAAACCGAACUUGUCGGCAAAUUUGACCAACAACACCGUCUCUUUGUAUCCAACUCAGGAAGAAAUGCAAGAGAAGGCGAGCAUUUGGAAGAAAGGAGGUUACGGACAGAAAGUGCAAUACAACAAAGAGCACUGGAGACAAAAAACUACAUCGGGUAAGAUGAAAAAAACGGACAAUGGAGCCGGAAAGUGCGUUUUUUGCAGGUGAAUUCGUUUUCACAACGCAACAUCCUCUGUUCACAACAACCGAAUUGGGAGCGACACCUCGACGCCAUAAAGUGAUCGACAUUCUGAAGAGUCUGAUCCCUCCGAACCUUCCUUCCCAGCUGACUGCUCUGCUAGAGAACAGUUACGACAAAGAAACGUUCCCUGAAAUUCAUAGCUACAACACGCCUGCAGUGUCUCCAGAAACUGAAGCACCCACCACUCAGCAAGGUACUAAAAGCAUGAGAGAAUUACUUGCAUCUGAAUUUGGCAUUUCUUUUCCAGUUGUUUUCCAACCCGAAAUAGUCACGAUUGCUCCGAAAACAUCCAUGAUACCUCCGCAACCCAUAAAAAUAUCUUAUCGACCUGUGAACCAAAACCAAAACCCGACUACAACCCAGCCUGUCGUUUAUUAUCAACUGCCCACGCAACCUGCAAUGUCUACGAAAUGGAAACCGUGGUAUUUGGGCGGUGCGUGA